AAUUAGUCUGCUAUAAUGGCAAUUGAUGACAACAAUUUGUGCUCUAGGACUAAGAGUAAACUGAAUUCAUAUCACACUGAUUAUAAAUCAACAAGACGGAGCAGCCUACCACCAGACCUCCUCCUAGGAAAUGACAUUAAAGGAAAGUUUCAAAGAAAUAUUAAGAAUUUAGAACCUAUACACCCAAGGCGCCCUAAGAAAAGACCUUCUAUUUUUCCAGCCUCUCCAGUUGGUAACGGAUACAUCAAACCACCAGUUCCACCUGUUUCUGGCACACAAAGGGAAAAGGGACCUCCAGCCAUGUUGCCCAUCAGUGUUGACCCGGACAGUAAACCAGGCGAAUAUGUCCUGAAGAGUUUAUUUGUUAACUUUACAACUCAGGCUGAGCGCAAAAUUCGCAUCAUCAUGGCAGAGCCCCUGGAAAAGCCACUGACCAAAUCUCUGCAACGAGGAGAAGAUCCCCAGUUUGAUCAAGUAAUAAGCUCAAUGAGCUCUCUUUCAGAGUAUUGCCUACCCUCUAUUCUGCGCACUCUUUUUGAUUGGUAUAAAAGGCAAAAUGGCAUAGAAGAUGAAUCUCAUGAAUACAGACCAAGAACAAGCACUAAAUCCAAAAGUGAUGAACAGCAGCGAGACUAUCUAAUGGAAAGAAGAGAUUUAGCCAUUGAUUUUAUUUUUUCUUUAGUAUUAAUAGAAGUUUUGAAACAGAUUCCACUUCAUCCUGUCAUAGACAGUUUGGUACAUGAUGUUAUUAACUUGGCUUUCAAGCACUUUAAAUAUAAAGAAGGGUACCUUGGUCCUAACACUGGAAAUAUGCACAUUGUUGCAGACCUGUAUGCAGAAGUAAUAGGUGUGCUAGCACAAGCUAAAUUUCCUGCUGUGAAGAAGAAAUUCAUGGCAGAAUUAAAAGAGCUGCGGCAUAAAGAGCAAAGCCCAUACGUGGUUCAAAGCAUUAUCAGUCUAAUAAUGGGGAUGAAAUUCUUUCGCAUUAAGAUGUAUCCCGUGGAGGACUUUGAAGCCUCUCUUCAGUUUAUGCAGGAAUGUGCACAUUAUUUCCUUGAAGUGAAGGACAAAGAUAUCAAACAUGCAUUAGCAGGACUGUUUGUUGAAAUUCUUGUCCCUGUAGCUGCUGCUGUUAAAAAUGAAGUGAAUGUCCCCUGUCUGAGGAACUUUGUUGAAAGCCUGUAUGACACAACACUCGAGCUUUCUUCUCGAAAGAAGCACUCACUGGCUUUGUAUCCUUUGGUAACAUGCCUGCUUUGUGUCAGUCAGAAGCAAUUCUUUUUAAACAGAUGGCAUAUUUUCCUCAACAACUGCCUAUCCAAUCUCAAAAACAAGGACCCCAAAAUGGCUCGAGUUGCACUGGAGUCUCUCUACAGACUACUAUGGGUUUACAUGAUUAGAAUUAAAUGUGAAAGCAAUACAGCUACCCAGAGUCGACUUAUAACCAUUGUCACAACGCUAUUCCCAAAAGGGUCCCGUGGUGUGGUACCAAGGGAUAUGCCUCUAAACAUCUUUGUGAAAAUUAUACAGUUCAUUGCACAGGAACGUUUAGAUUUUGCAAUGAAAGAAAUUAUCUUUGACUUUCUUUGUGUUGGAAAACCAGCAAAAGCUUUCAGUCUGAAUCCAGAGAGAAUGAAUAUUGGUCUGAGAGCUUUCUUGGUGAUUGCUGAUAGCUUGCAGCAAAAAGAUGGUGAACCUCCAAUGCCAGUUACUGGAGCUGUCCUUCCCUCUGGAAACACUCUAAGAGUGAAGAAAACUUACUUAAGCAAAACUCUCACAGAGGAGGAAGCUAAAAUGAUAGGUAUGUCAUUGUAUUAUUCUCAAGUAAGAAAAGCUGUGGACAACAUACUAAGACAUCUUGAUAAAGAAGUCGGACGAUGCAUGAUGCUAACUAACAUACAGAUGUUAAACAAGGAACCUGAAGACAUGAUCACUGGUGAGAGAAAACCGAAAAUCGAUCUUUUCAGAACAUGUGUUGCUGCUAUUCCUCGAUUGCUUCCUGAUGGAAUGUCAAAACUUGAGCUGAUUGACUUGCUGGCAAGACUCUCUAUCCACAUGGAUGAUGAACUUCGGCACAUUGCACAAAAUUCUCUUCAGGGUCUACUUGUUGACUUUGUUGACUGGAGAGAGGAUGUGCUCUUUGGUUUUACUAACUUCCUACUACGCGAAGUGAAUGAUAUGCAUCACACUCUUCUUGAUACUUCUCUGAAGUUGCUGCUACAGUUGCUUACACAAUGGAAACUUGUAAUACACACUCCAGGAAAAGCCAGUGAACAGACAAAAAGCAGAUCAUCAGAGCUGAUACCAAACGGAUCCAGCCAUAGGAUACAGUCUGAAAGAAGUCCUUAUUCCAACGUACUGCAUGCUGUGGAAGGAUUUGCACUGGUACUACUUUGUAGUUUCCAGGUUGCUACCCGUAAACUAGCAGUUUUGAUUCUCAAAGAGAUCCGUGCUUUAUUUCUCGCCCUGGGGCAGGCAGAGGAUGAUGACAGGCCUAUGAUUGAUGUCAUGGAUCAGCUAAGUUCUUCUAUUCUUGAAAGUUUUAUUCAUGUGGCAGUUUCUGAUUCAACUACAUUACCAUUAACACAUAAUGUGGAUUUGCAAUGGCUGGUAGAAUGGAAUGCAGUCUUAGUAAAUAGUCAUUAUGAUGUAAAAAGCCCUUCCCAUGUCUGGAUAUUUGCACAGUCAGUUAAAGAUCCAUGGGUUCUCUGCCUCUUCAGUUUUCUUAGACAAGAGAAUUUACCAAAACAUUGUCCUACAGCUCUUAGCUACGCUUGGCCAUAUGCUUUUACGAGGUUACAGCUAGUAAUGCCUCUUGUGGAUCCAAAUAUCCCUGUUAAUGCAAAGAAAACCAGUACAGCGAGCAGUGGUGACAACUAUGUAACUCUGUGGAGAAACUAUCUUAUUCUCUGCUUUGGAGUAGCGAAACCCAGUAUUAUGAGCCCUGGACACUUACGUGCUUCAACUCCAGAGAUCAUGGCUACCACUCCCGAUGGAACAGUGAGCUACGAUAACAAGGCUAUAGGAACCCCAUCUGUUGGAGUCCUGUUAAAGCAGCUAGUACCUUUGAUGAGACUUGAAAGCAUAGAAAUCACAGAAUCACUUGUAUUAGGAUUUGGAAGAACAAAUUCUCUUGUUUUCAGGGAAUUAGUAGAAGAACUUCAUCCAUUAAUGAAAGAAGCCCUAGAAAGAAGACCAGAGAAUAAGAAACGCCGUGAGCGCCGAGAUCUGCUGAGACUGCAGCUAUUGCGAAUUUUUGAAUUGCUUGCUGAUGCUGCUGUUAUAAGUGACAGUACAAAUGGAGCCUUAGAGAGGGAUACUUUAGCCCUUGGAGCCUUGUUCUUAGAAUAUGUUGAUCUAACUCGCAUGCUGCUAGAGGCUGAAAAUGAUAAAGAAGUUGAAAUUCUUAAGGAUAUGAGAGCACAUUUCAGUGCCAUGACUGCCAACUUGAUUCAGUGUGUUCCAGUUCACCAUCGGAGAUUUCUCUUCCCUCAGCAAAGCUUGAGGCACCACCUUUUCAUCUUAUUUAGUCAAUGGGCUGGACCUUUCAGCAUUAUGUUUACACCACUGGAUCGUUAUAGUGACAGAAAUCACCAGAUUACAAGAUACCAGUAUUGUGCAUUAAAGGCAAUGUCAGCUGUACUCUGCUGUGGCCCUGUUUUUGACAAUGUGGGUCUUUCCCCUGAUGGCUAUCUUUACAAAUGGCUUGAUAACAUUCUAGCUUGUCAAGAUUUACGAGUUCAUCAGCUUGGAUGUGAAGUUGUAGUCUUAUUGCUGGAACUAAAUCCGGACCAAGUAAAUCUUUUCAACUGGGCUAUAGAUCGGUGUUAUACUGGAUCAUACCAGCUUGCUUCUGGGUGCUUCAAAGCCAUUGCGACUGUGUGCGGAAGCAGGAACUAUCCUUUUGAUAUAGUGACACUUUUAAACCUAGUGCUAUUCAAGGCGUCUGACACCAACAGAGAGAUUUAUGAAAUUUCCAUGCAACUUAUGCAGAUUCUUGAGGCAAAGCUUUUUGUUUAUUCAAAGAAAGUUGCUGAGCAAAGACCUGGCAGUAUCCUGUAUGGUACACAUGGCCCAUUACCACCUCUUUACAGUGUUUCAUUGGCACUUCUUUCAUAUGAGCUAGCAAGGAUGUAUCCUGAGCUCACCCUUCCACUUUUUUCAGAGGUAAGUCAACGAUUCCCAACAACCCAUCCAAAUGGGAGACAGAUCAUGCUUACCUAUCUGCUACCAUGGCUUCAUAACAUCGAACUUGUAGACAGCAGACUUCUUCUCCCAGGUUCAAGCCCUAGCACCCCAGAAGAUGAAAUAAAGGCUAAGGAAGGGGAAAUAGCUGUCACAUAUGGACUGAAAGGAAAUGGAUGGGGCUCUCCUGAGGCCACAUCGUUGGUGCUUAAUAAUCUCAUGUAUAUGACAGCUAAGUAUGGAGAUGAAGUUCCUGGGCUAGAGAUGGAAAAUGUCUGGAAUGCCUUGGCCAACAAUGAGAAAUGGAGCAACAACCUUAGAAUAACACUGCAAUUUCUAAUUAGCUUGUGUGGGGUUAGCAGUGAUACCAUCCUUUUACCUUAUAUCAAAAAGGUUGCCAUAUAUUUGUGUCGGAAUAACACUAUUCAAACAAUGGAAGAGCUUCUUUUUGAACUGCAGCAGACCGAUCCAGUAAACCCUAUUGUCCAGCAUUGUGAUAAUCCACCUUUUUACCGCUUUACUGCCAGCAACAAGCCCUCAGCUGUUGCUUCUGGAACUACCUCUAGCAGUAAUACUGUUGUAGCUGGCCAAGACAGUUUUCCUGAUAUAGAGGAGAGCAGGAUGGUGAAGGAAACUGAUGAAAGGUUCAGUAAUGUAAUCAGAGCACACAGUCGACUAGAAUCAAGGUACAGUAAUAGCUCUGGCGGAUCUUACGAUGAUGAUAAAAAUGAUCCUGUUUCUCCAUAUACUAGCUGGCUGUUGAAUAUUGUGGAGACCAAACAGCCACAACCCUUGCCAAUGCCUUACAAUGGAGGAUGCUGGGCACCACUUGUUGACUACCUCCCAGAAACUGUCACGCCACGGGGACCCCUUCAUAGGUGCAAUAUUGCUGUUAUUUUCAUGACUGAGAUGGUAGUGGAUCACAGUGUGAGAGAAGAUUGGGCCCUUCACCUCCCUUUAUUACUUCAUGCUCUUUUCUUAGGUCUUGACCAUUACCGCCCUGAGGUCUUUGAACACAGUAAAAAGCUACUGCUUCAUCUUUUGAUUGCAUUGUCUUGCAACAGCCAUUUUCAGGCCAUUGCCUCUGUGCUUCUUCAGACCAGAGAGAUGAUUGAAACCAAGACUCUGACAGUCCAACCAGCCUAUCUACCUGAAUUCCUGUAUACAGGUGGUUUUGACUUUCUACGGGAGUACCAGUCAUCACCAGUGCCAGAUUCUGGUUUAAGCUCCAGCUCUACCUCCUCGAGUAUCAGUCUAGGAGGCAGCAGUGGAAAUCUCCCACAGAUUACCCAAGAGGUGGAGGACAUGGACACAGCUGCUGAAACAGAUGAAAAAGCAAACAAAUUAAUUGAAUUUCUAACUACCAGGGCAUUUGGUCCACUCUGGUGCCAUGAAGAUAUCACACCCAAGAAUCAGAAUACAAAGAGUGCUGAUCAACUUACUAAUUUUCUGAGACAUGUUAUGUCUGUAUUUAAAGAUUCCAAGUCAGGUUUUCAUUUGGAGCAGCAUCUGAGUGAAGUUGCUUUACAAACAGCUCUUGCAAGCUCUUCAAGACAUUAUGCAGGUCGAUCUUUCCAGAUAUUCAGGGCGCUAAAGCAACCUCUUUCUGCACAUGCAUUGUCUGACCUUCUGUCAAGAUUGGUGGAAGUUAUAGGAGAACAUGGAGAUGAGAUUCAGGGUUAUGUAAUGGAAGCACUACUUACCUUGGAGGCUACUGUGGAUAAUCUGUCUGAUUGUUUGAAGAACUGUGAUCUCCUGACCGUAUUAUCUCGUUCAUCAUCACCAGACUUAACUUCAAGCACUAAACUGACUGCAAAUCGGAAGAGUACGGGCCAGCUGAACGUGAAUCCUGGGGCUGUAAGUGGUAACACAGCCACUGCUGAACGAAGUAGACACCAGAGAAGCUUUUCUGUACCCAAAAAGUUUGGUGUUGUGGACAGAUCCUCAGAUCCACCACGCAGUGCCACACUAGAUAGAAUUCAGGCAUGCACCCAGCAAGGCCUCUCCUCUAAAACCAGGAGCUCAUCAUCUCUAAAAGACAGCCUCACUGAUCCUUCUAAUAUUAACAAUCCAACCAACCUGUUGGCCACCAUCUUCUGGGUUGCUGUAGCUUUGAUGGAAUCUGAUUUUGAAUUUGAAUAUCUAAUGGCUUUACGAUUGUUGAAUAAACUACUGGCUUAUUUGCCACUGGAUAAAGCUGAAAAUAGGGAGAAGUUAGAAAAGUUACAAGGACAGCUAAAGUGGUCAGAUUUCUUGGGGCUGCAGCAGCUGUUGCUAAAAGGAUUCACUUCCCUUACCACCACUGACCUCACGUUACAGCUCUUCAGUUUGCUGACACCUGUGUCACGAGUAUCCAUGGUGGAUUCCUCUCAAGUUAUAGGGUUCCCACUGAAUGUCUUGUGUCUCCUGCCUCAUUUAAUUCAACAUUUUGAUAGCCCAAACCAGUUCUGUAAGGAUAUAGCGGAGAGAAUUGCUCAGGCUUGUUUGGAAGAAAAGAACCCUAAGCUAUCAAAUCUUGCACAUGUGAUGGCCCUUUAUAAAACUCACAGCUAUACAAGAGACUGUGCUACCUGGGUAAAUGUGGUUUGCCGUUACCUCCAUGAAGCAUUCGCCGACAUUACCCUGAGUAUGGUUACAUAUUUGGCUGAGCUACUAGAAAAGGGGCUUCCCAGCAUGCAACAGUCCCUCUUGCAGAUGAUCUACAGUCUUCUUAGUUAUAUGGACUUGUCAGGUAUUCCUGUUAAACAGUUUAACAUGGAAGUGUUAAAGACAAUUGAAAAAUAUGUGCAGAGCAUUCACUGGAGAGAAGCCUUGAACAUCUUGAAGUUGGUAGUUUCUCGCUCUGCCAGCCUGGUUUUACCUUCCUACCAACACAGUGAUCUUUCGAAAAUGGAAAUACAUCGAGUAUGGAACAGUGCUUCAAAGGAACUGCCAGGGAAAACUUUGGAGUUUCAUUUCGAUAUUUCUGAGACUCCAGUUAUUGGGAGACGAUAUGAUGAGCUACAGAGUUCUGCUGGCCGAGAUGGUAAACCCCGGGCAAUGGCUGUCACUCGAAGCACUUCCUCAACCUCCUCAGGUUCUAAUUCCAAUGUCCUCGUUCCUGUGAGCUGGAAAAGACCUCAGUAUUCUCAGAAAAGGACAAAGGAAAAGCUGGUACACGUCCUUACUCUGUGUGGCCAAGAUGUGGGGCUGAGCAAAAACCCUUCAGUAAUUUUUUCUUCAUGUGGUGAUUUGGAUCUGAUUGAGCACCAGACAAGCUUGGUGUCUUCAGAAGACGGAACAAGGGAACAAGAGAACAUGGACGAUUCAAACAGUGAACAACAGUUCAGAGUCUUUAGGGACUUCGAUUUCCUAGAUGUUGAACUGGAAGAUGGGGAGGGUGAAAGUAUGGACAAUUUCAACUGGGGAGUGCGUAGACGUUCUUUAGAUAGUCUGGACAAAUGCGAUAUGCAGCUUCUGGAGGAAAGCCAGCUUUCAGGAAGUACACCCAGCCUAAAUAAAAGGAACCAUGAGGACUCCGAUGAGUCAUCAGAGGAGGAGGACCUAACAACAAGCCAAAUAUUGGAACAUUCAGACCUAAUUAUGACUCUUUCCCCUUCUGAGGAUACAAUUCACACGGACUCUCUUUCUACAUCAUGUGAUACAACCUCAGCUGACCCGCAUCAUUUUAAUACAAGAACAUCUAGCUUUGAAGUGUCUUUGCCCAACAUGAGUAAUCACCAGUUGUCUGAGGGGUCUAAGGCCGAAGCUGCACAUGAAGAGGAAGAUACAACAGUACAUGAAGAUGACCUUUCUGGGUCUACAAAUGAACUCCCAGCAGCAUUUGAAUGCAGUGAUAGCCUUAGCCUGGAUAUGACAGAGACUGAAGAAAAAGGGGACAGAUUGUUGGAGCAGUUUGCUCUUGCCAGUUUUGGUGAAGGUGACAGAAAUGCCUCCCCUCCUCCUUCACCGUUCUUUUCUGCCAUCCUUGCUGCAUUUCAGCCCACUGCAUGUGAUGAUGCAGAAGAAGCCUGGCGUAGUCAUAUCAACCAGCUCAUGUGCGAUUCUGAUGGGUCCUGCGCAGUUUAUACAUUUCAUGUGUUCUCCUCUCUGUUUAAGAAUAUUCAGAAAAGGUUCUGCUUCCUAACUUGUGAUGCUGCCAGUUACCUUGGCGACAACCUACGAGGAAUAGGCUCAAAGUUUGUGAGCUCUUCUCAGAUGCUAACUUCCUGUUCAGAAUGCCCCACUCUUUUCGUAGAUGCUGAAACGCUUCUCUCCUGUGGACUUCUUGAAAAGCUAAAAUUCAGUGUUCUAGAACUACAGGAGUAUUUGGACACAUACAACAACAGGAAAGAAGCAACUCUCUCAUGGCUUGCAAACUGCAAAGCAACGUUUGCUGGGGGUUCACAAGAUGGAGUUAUUACUUGUCAGCCAGGGGACUCUGAAGAAAAGAGUUAAUGUGUGUGUUUUGUGAAGCAAGGGUUAGUAUACAAACUACUUGUUGGUCAGAAUGAAAAGAAGUGUUUCUCGCUGCUGCAGGAAUCCCUAUUCUCUUCCCAACAAUGUUCCCUCAACACAAAAUGUAUUAUUCCUGGGAGUUCACAAGAUGGUAGGACUUUUGAUGGACAGAUACAUAAGUUUCUCUUCUCCCCUCCCAUUCACCUGUCCAUAUGAAACAGUUCUUCUCACCAAAAGGCCUUUCUUCUCCAACACUUUUCAUUCUAUUUACUUAUCAAAAGUAUAAUGGGAGGAAGACUCCAGGGAAGCAUGUGCUGAGAAAGUGUCAUUGGGAAGGGAAAAAUAACUCCUACAAUGGUGAGUAAUUUUUUCCAUGCCUUUCUUCUGCUCUUCACCCUGAGCAUGAAAUGAUAGUUCCAGAAAAGCACAGAAUGAAGAAGAUGGGGAUAUGCCAAAGAAUAAAAUAAUUGUUGGUAAAAGAAAGGCUCUCUAUUUUACAGAGGAAGCAAUAGGGGAACCUACCUAAACUCUUUAAUGCCAUUUAAAGGUUAUAUAUAGGUCCUAGAAUGCUGCUUGGCACAUGAACUCCCUCUUCUGACCUUCGAACAGCCCCUCAGCCCUGCCAAGCUCAUCAUCAAAAGCAAGUUCCCCAGGACGCACCAACUCAAAGCAGCACCAGCCCCUGCCAGAACAACAGUUGCAAACCCUGCAGAUAUAUCUCCAUGGCUACAAUAAUCAAUACUCCACACAACACACCUUUCAAGAUUCACAAGUCCUACACAUGCUUAUCACAACAUGUGAUGCACUGCAUCCAGUGCAUCAAAUGCCCCAGUAACAACUAUGUCAGCAAAACCAAUCAUUUUACAAGGUGUGAUUCCUACUUGAUGCCAAUUUGGUUUAACUCCUACUGGGUUAACCACAGAAGGCUCCCUGAUAAAGUUGGAUUAGGAAGAUCUGGAAACAAGUCUCAGUUUCAGUAAAGUUGAGCACUCACAGCAACUCUUGAAGCUAAACUAGGAACUCUGUUAAUGAUGUAAGUCCUCUGUACUGGCUGACUACAAAUGGGCACAUGCAGCCUUUAAACAUGGAGUUGAAUUGGCUCCUGCACCCAGCUCCUGGAAAGGAGGAAUACAUAGCUAUCCAAAAUACAGCUACAGGCUGAGCACAGUUUCUACUGCCUUCAAAUGCAACAGUUACUUAGGGAUAUAUUAGCACACGUUCUCUCUCUCUCUCUCAUACUUUCCAAGGCUCACAGAACAACAUCUGAAAACAGUAGAACCAAUGCUGAGGACUGGAACACCUGAACAUCAUCCACUUGCUGCUGAAUGCUCCAGCUCCUGUGGGAUUCUCCUGUGUCAAUGAAUGGCGAAGAAUUGUAUUACCUUUAAAGUGUCUGUCUAGUCUGGAGUCACAUUAGCACCUUCAGAAUAAUGGGGUGACUCCCAUCUCUUUUUAGGACCUAUAAGUACUUCCUUAAAAUCACGAAAAGGCUUACCGGCAUCAGACUACUACUUUGCCAUCUUUCUACCCUGUUUUAAUGGCCCCAGUUCUGAUCUUGUCAAAACUGAAAAACUACUUUUUUCCUGAAAAAAAGAUAAAUCAAAAUUUUGGUGGAGCACAGUGACUUUCUUACUUUUUUCUUUCUUAGACCUAUUUGAAAAAUAUGGGUAAUAUUCAUUCCUACAGGGUUUUUACCACACAGGUCUGUCAACUAAUCUCUAUCCUCUCUCUCACACACAUACCAAGAAAAUUUAGACUGGCGCCUGAGAAACCUUUGAGUGCUAAAGUCAUUCUGCCUGAACAGUUAAAUGGCAGGGGAAGGCAAAUGAGUUCUCAAUCAAAAACUGAUUACCCUCUCAACUUCCAAGGUAUAUUACUUUUCAUGCUGAGGGAGCCAGGAUGAGGAAUUAAAAUCAUUAUCAAAUUAUAGAGCCAAGUUGUGGCUGGGCAUCAUUAACCUAGAGGAUCUCAAGUAUAUUUAUUUAAAGAGUGGUAUGUUUUCCUUCAGUGAGCAGGGAGGGUUUUGUUCUCUUGACUUACUCUGUGCCUUUCCCUUCAUCCUCACCUCUCCUCCCCCUCCACUCACCCACACCCACACUCACACACACUUUCUUUUUGGAAGCAGGGGAGAGAAGGCAGCUUUUCUUGAACAACAGACCAUGGAAUUCACUCUUUUUUUUGCUGCUUUCCCCCACUUUUAAAAAGUAAAUUCCAUGGUAAAUUAGGACACACUUACUUUUUUACUGAAUCAGGGAUUUUUAAAAGUUCACAUAAAAGCUGAAGAUGGUGCCAAAAUUUGGAAAUAUAUAAGUGAAAUGCUUUGACAAAUGCAAAUCAGUGUAGUUCUGAAUUUACUGGCACAGUAAUCUGUCUUAUCUCUUCCUGUUUGAUCUUAUAUUUAGUUGUACAAGGCUUAAUUACAUAAACUGCAUGGAAUUUGACCAAUAAUGUCAAAGGCUUAAUGUUAACCACCACAAAAGCCAGCACAUUUAGAGCUUAGUCUGCCAUUCAGUCAUUAACUCAUCCCAUUGUAUAGAGGUAAUGUAGGAAACUGGGCACGCUUAAAUUCAUACAUGCUUUAAUAUCAAAGCACAAUGGGAUGAGGACAGGGCUGAAUUCCUUUGCUUUGGCAAUGCCAGGAUAGUCCCUUAGUAUUUAACAUUUUUGUAUUUGCCUUCUUUGUUUUUAAAUAAUAAUAUAAAGUAUUUUAUAACAAUUACAAAUGUUCAUUAACAUCAUUGCAUGUGCACUGACAUCACAUUGCAGCUGGGCAGAUGUCAGUGUAGGUUUAUGCAAGAGUUAAACUGAUGACAUGGUUUUAUAGAUCUGAUAUGGCACCUCGACAAAAUGGUGAAAGCUGUAUUAGAAAUGCAUAGACAGAUAUAUUAGAGCAAACACUAGCUCCUGGGAAAAGGAAGAGAGAGCAUCUCUCCUUUUUCAGGGAGGGGACUUUCUUUAAAGUUCAGACUUUAAAAUACUUCACAGCUUAAACAUUAUACACAAAACUUUUCAGUUUUAAAAUGCCCAGUUAUAAACCUGGAAGCCACAGGGUUUUUAAUGGAAAUAAUAUUUGACCUUAUACAUCCAUAUAACACAACAUUUUUGCUUCAGUUCUGUUAACGAUUUGAAACCACUGCAAAACUUUUGAGAACUUCUGUGCUAUGAAUUCUUUGUCCAUAAUGAAAAGACCAAACAUAGCCAAAUUUAUUCAUUUAAAAACCAUUAAGCAGUGGAAACUUUGAUGGUUUAAUUUCCUGGUUUUUGGAAAUACACGCUGAGAGAAAUUGGGAAUAAUAAAUCUCAAAAUUUAACUGAUUUCAGUUUGUUUAUAAUUUACCAUUAGGAGUAAAGCUUGGUUUUAAUGAGAAUGCUAUGCAUGAUGUGUGGAUGGUACAUUUUCAACCACUUAGCAAACUGAGGCAAGCAAUGCUAAUAUUGUUGAUAGUUAAGCUAUUAAAGAAGGGCUGUGCUUUCUAUUGCAUGCAUUACACUGACACUAUACUUUCUUUCCUUUCCUUUUUCCUGUGCCAUGCUUGCU